AUGCGUCAAUUCUCCCUCAUCCUCUGCUUCUGCCUCGCCGCAGUGGCCAGCGCCGACAAACUGGGCUACAACUACCAGCCGGUGGCCCACUCACCCUCCGGACUCAGCUUCCAGCCAUCCGGCCUGCCCAGCAAUGAGGCGCCCGCAUUUGCAGCGGGACCCAGCUUCCACAACGAGGCACCUAACUUUGCUCCUGCACUCGCUGCACCGAUCGAUGGUCCCAUUGGAGCCUCUUCUUCGGGUUCCCCCAACUAUGCCGCUCCCCAGGCUGAGCUCGAGAAGGAGUUCUUCACCUACACCGCUGACGAGGGUGACUUCUACGAUCCAGCCGGUUCCGAGCAGGUCUCCAGCUCCCUGAACAAGGCUCUGCGCGUCGUCUUCAUCAAGGGACCCGAGAACCGUGGCCUCGAGAACGCUGCUCUGGCUCUGGCCAAGCAGGCUGCCCAGCAGGAGACCGCCAUCUAUGUCCUCAACAAGCAGGCUGACAUCGGAGAUCUGGCCAACAAGCUGAACUCCAUCCGCAGCAACACCAACAACAAGCCCGAGGUGCACUUCGUCAAGUACCGCACACCCGAGGAUGCGGCCAAUGCCCAGAAGGCCAUUCAGGGACAGUACGAUCAGCUCGGAGGAUCCUCCCAGGCCCAUGAUGGUGGCGUCGCUUCCUCUCUGAACUUCGCAUCGAGCGCGCCAGCUCCAGUUGCCGCUGCCCCAGGCGCUGGCAUCUCUCAGGGCCCAUUCGUGCCCGUCGGCCUGCCUGAGGCCACUGCUCCAAUUUCCUCCUAUGUGCAACCCCCGACGCCUGGCAACACCUACCUGCCGGCCAACAUUCUGCGUCGUCUGCGAUUCUAA